AUGACUCGUUGCAAGAUAUAUACAAUCAUAUCAGCUCUAAUUGUGUGUUACGUAAAUGCAAAUUACGAUUACGAGUACAGUCGUAAUUUGAAGAGUUUGGGCUAUUCUAUUGACGCGCCGCAAGUACCUAGCCAGCAUGACAUUUACGAGAGCGCUUCUUCCGAAAUACUGCCUCAUUAUUAUAAUUCUGAAUCGAGUCAAGAUGAAUAUAGAGACCGUUUCAAUAGCCCAUCUCAGCGUUUUCCUAUUAACAUCAAGAAAAAAUUAGUUGAAGAAAAAAAUCUGAAAAAAAUUAAAAUUCCAUUUUUAAUAACCAGCAAGGAUACUGCAAAGUACAAAGAGUUACUUCCAAAUUCAAAAAUUGUGCACUGUCGAAAGAUUAAAGUCAAAUCGAUCGGGAAAGAUGAUGACAUACGAAACACGACUUGCUACAAAUGCGAGGAUCCCAAAACUAAAUCUAUGUACGAACGUUGUAUAUCUACACAUAAUAGUUCUCCGGAAGAGAGCGUAUCCGCUAGUACAAAGAUGAAGCACUUUCCGUCCACCUUUCUCGUCAGCCCCAGAUAUCGAAGGUCUAACGACAGAGAGGAGAAUGACAAAGUUGAUUACGGAAAGCCGCAAAAUCCUUACCGAUUCACCGACGAGUAUUUCAUCGAUUCCACGUACGAUACGCCGGCCACGUACGAAAACAAGGAAGAAAAAUGCGACAAAAUUGUGAAAAAUUCUAUGGUAUGCAUGAUUUGCCAAAAUGCCAAGACCAAUAGCAAGUACGAGCAAUGUUCGUAUGUAAAGCAACCGCGUGAGAAAGCAAACGCCUAUGUUAAAUCUGACUCCUUCGAAGGGCCUCAGGGACAGAAAAACGUCGAUAACGUCGAUAGCGCUGAACAUUCUGAAUCAAAUCCUUAUUCCGAAUUCUCCGACUCUGAAGAAUCCAAUCUUCCGAAAAAGGAUUGGAAUCCUGUGAAGGAGUCGCGCGAAUAUUCCUAUGCUAGCGAAGAUCAACCCGAUCGGCGAGUACAGGAUGCAUCUUCGGCGGCAGCUUGCAAACAGAUCGAAAGGGAUUCUAAAACCUGCACGAUAUGCAAAGACCCUAAGAUUGGUGGGGUUUAUGAAAAGUGUACUUACAACCAUCAGCCCAGCGAUAAGCUAUAUAAAUAUAGUAGGUCGAAAAGCUUCGGAUAUCCGGAUAAAAUCUCUAAUUCAAAUUCUGCUCAUGAUUUAAACAAAACUCAAACUUUAGAAAAAUCUAAGAGGUUCGAUUAUCCACAAAGUUCUGAAUCUACGCACGAUUAUUUGGAUAGAUCCAAACUUUCCAUUUAUCCACGGAAAUCGGAGAAAAGGAAGGGAUCUCAACGAGUUACAAGUGAUUUUGACAGUACGUCGCGUGACUCGCCCGACUACAGCAGCGAUUACUCCAAUUCCAAAGGACCGAGCAAUUACCAGCCUCUAGCUACGGGUAAAGAUGAUGCCGAAUCUUACGAGGACGAAACAACAUCAUCUUCGAAACCCGUCUCGGAACGUUAUGCUGAAAAUAUCAACACAGAUAAUUGCAAAAAGUUUCAGAAAGACUCGAUGACAUGCACAAUCUGCAAGGAUUCGAAAACGGGCAACGAUUUUGAACAAUGCUCGUACUCGUAUCAACCGAGCGAUAAGAUCUUCUCUUACAGCAAAUCUAGCUCGUUUGGCAAUUCACGAGAGAACGAUAAAUAUCGGCAAGUGUCGCGCGAAGAUGAGCAAUCGCCGAAGAGCUUUAAAACUGCGAAAGACUCGUACAACGCCCCGGAAGAAAGUUACGAAGCUUCAACGGUGGAUGAAACGAAGGGUGAAACGAAGGAUGAUUUGAAGGACGCCACGACAGCGACAGAGGGACAAGAACAAGUGGAUGUUGGAUACUUGAACACAGCAAACAAGAAGGCGGAGAUUGAGGAGUUUCUGCAGAAUUUUGAGAAAAAAGAUGGAUCAAAAUGUAGGAAGACUAUGCGUGAUAAAAUGACCUGCUAUCGGUGCAUCGAUGAGAAUGGUUUUCAAAAGGAGGAAUGCGUAUUUGUCACCGGGCAAGAACCCGAUCAGCUAGCGUUUCGCGAAACGAAGGAAUUUCAAAUCGAUCCCGCAUCGCAUCCUCGCGACCAACGUUCGAGUUCGAGUUCGAGAAAAACGACAAAAACGAGAGCGCGCGCGUUCGAUCCUUUAGAACCUAGCGCGUCCGCUAGUAAAACGUCUUACGUUAAAUUGGAGAAAUCAGACAAUGAUUAUCCCGACGAAGCGCAACAUAUGGCAGAGGAAACUAAAGAGGCUGAACCAUAUGAUUAUGCAUCGGAAACGAGAUCCAGAUACGACAAGGUACUUGGACUGACCCUUCCGGCAUACAUGAUCGCUACUUCGGAACACGAGGCAGCGUUUGACGAGGUUGUAGCUUCCAGCCACAAUCGCCGCUAAUUUAGAUAUAUAUAUAUACUGUGUCGGCACUU